CGAUGGGGUGGGGGCGAGAACCCGAGACCGUGCUGGCUGUCUGCCCUGCUGGAGCGGGUUUCGUUUCACCAUUUGAGGACUUCAGGUCUUCUUCCUUGCACUCCGCCGUCCCCACCCCACCCCCGUCAUUUUUUGAAGACUUCUAGGAUAGUAAUUCUAAACCUUCAGCUGCAUUUUUGUUUUUCUGGAAAAUGGAAAUUGAAACAUGUUUGUUCCAAGAUCUCUAAAAAUCAAGAGGAAUGCUAAUGAUGACAGCAAAAACUGUACAUCUAAGAAAAUUAAACCACAAGCAGAAGACCUUCAGCUGGAUGAAAGCAGAGAUGUUCCAGUUGAUGCUUUAGUGAAAACAGAAGCCACAACACCAGGCAAGCACAGGACGGAAUCAUGUCCCUUCCCCAAUCCUGCUGGUCUGGCUGAGACUUGUUUGGUAGGACCAGAGCAGGGUGUGAAGGACAGUGAUCUUUCUGAAGAGCCUGUUAAGUCAUUUUCCAAAACACAGCGCUGGGCAGAACCUGGAGAACCUGUCUGUGUUGUCUGUGGUCGUUAUGGAGAGUAUAUCUGUGAUAAGACGGAUGAAGAUGUGUGUAGCUUGGAGUGUAAAGCAAAACAUCUGCUGCAAGUUAAAGAAAAGGAAGAGAAAUUAAAGCUCUGCAGUCCACAAGAAACUGAUUGUAAGCCAGAGCCUCCACUUAAUACAUUUUAUGUUUAUAGGGAGCACCCCUUUAUUUUGAACCUCCAGAAGGACCAGAUUGAAAAUCUUAAACAGCAGCUAGGAAUUUUAGUUCAAGGGCAGGAAGUCACCAGCCCCAUUAUCGACUUUGAACAUUGUGGCUUUCCUGAGGCCUUAAAUCACAACUUGAAGAAAUCAGGCUAUGAAGUUCCAACCCCCAUCCAAAUGCAGAUGAUUCCUGUUGGACUUCUGGGAAGGGACAUUCUGGCCAGUGCUGAUACUGGCUCAGGAAAAACGGCAGCUUUUCUUCUUCCUGUUAUCAUCCGAGCUUUAUUUGAGAACAAAACUCCAUCUGCACUUAUCCUUACACCCACAAGAGAGUUAGCCAUCCAGAUAGAGAGACAAGCUAAAGAAUUGAUGAGCGGCCUGCCGUGCAUGAAAACAGUGCUUCUGGUUGGGGGCUUACCCUUACCCCCACAGCUUUAUCGGUUGCGACAACGCGUUAAGGUUAUCAUCGCAACCCCUGGACGACUUCUGGAUAUAAUAAAACAGAGCUCUGUAGAACUCUGUGGUAUAAAAAUUGUAGUAGUAGAUGAAGCUGACACCAUGUUAAAGAUGGGCUUUCAACAACAAGUGCUUGACAUUUUGGAAAACAUUCCUAAUGACUGUCAGACCAUUUUGGUUUCAGCCACAAUUCCAACUAGCAUAGAACAACUAGCAAGUCAGCUUCUGCAUAACCCAGUGAGAAUUAUCGCUGGAGAAAAGAACUUGCCUUGUUCUAAUGUACGCCAGAUUAUUCUGUGGGUAGAAGAACCAGCCAAAAAGAAAAAAUUAUUUGAAAUCUUAAAUGAUAAGAAACUCUUUAAGCCUCCAGUAUUAGUAUUUGUAGACUGCAAACUAGGAGCAGAUCUGUUGAGUGAUGCAGUUCAGAAAAUCACAGGUUUAAAAAGCACAUCCAUACAUUCGGAGAAGUCACAAAUAGAAAGGAGAAGCAUAUUGGAGGGAUUACUUGACGGAGACUAUGAAGUCGUAGUGAGCACAGGAGUGCUGGGACGAGGCCUAGACUUGAUCAGUGUGAAGCUGGUUGUCAAUUUUGAUAUGCCUUCCAGUAUGGAUGAGUACGUGCAUCAGGUUGGAAGAGUGGGGAGAUUAGGUCAAAAAGGAACAGCGAUUACUUUCAUCAAUAACAAUUCAAAAAGACAUUUCUGGGAUAUUGUAAAAAGAGUAAAACCCACAGGAUCCAUUCUUCCCCCACAGUUAUUAAACUCCCCUUACCUUCUUGACCAGAAGAGAAAGGAGCAACAGAAAAUUAAACAGUCACAGAGUGAUCUUGUUACAGGAGCUAAUCUUAUGGACAUUAUUAGAAAACACGAUAAAAGUAAUUCUCAGAAAUGAUUUGAAAUGCCACUUUGACUCAUUUUUUCAUUGUGUAUUGGUCAGCAAAAUUUCUGUGUGUUAAUACUGUGUGGUGUUUGAGUAAAUGGGGCAUGUACAUAAAACAUGAAAGUUAAAUGUGAUUUUUUUAACAUUUAAUAGAAUGUCAAAUUUGUACAGCAGAAUUGUAUUUAUUUCCCUUCUUAAUUCUAAUAUGCUAAAAACAACUCGGGAAAAUGAAUUGCUAAAUAAAAUAAAAUGUUUUCUCUGGA